AUGAUCGAAGACGACGUCUACCGUACCUCCUCUCAAUACCGGCUAUGGUCCUACACAAAUGCAUCACUCCAGUCCCUACGAGCCACAACAAAUGAUGUCGCCAGUCAGCGCGUGCGAGCCGCGAUACAGCGAGUUGGUGAAGCCCAUCUGUCCGCCACACCAUCUACCUCCGGGACCCCGCAACCUGGAAGCGAUGGCGAGACAAGGAAACCUGACGAUAAGAAAAUCGAAUGUUUGACUCCAGAGGAAGAGCUGGUACUGGUCACAUAUUAUUGUGAGAAGACGCUGGAGCUGGGCGAUGAAUACAAGCCGCCUUUGCCCACGAUGGUCCGAGCGACCGCUAUUCAGUACCUCCGCCGAUUCUACCUGACCAACUCUCCGAUGACCUACCACCCCAAAGAUAUCAUGGCAUGUGCGCUCUUCCUCGCCACGAAGACCGACAACUACUACAUGUCCCUCCGGCAAUUCGCAGCCGGUGUCCCUGGUGGACCAUCAGAGGAGAAGGUCAUCGCCCCUGAAUUCCUGAUCAUGCAAGGCCUCCGAUUCACAUUCGACGUCCGGCACCCAUUCCGCGGCCUGGAAGGCGGCGUCAUGGAGCUUUCAGCAAUCGCACAAGGCGAAGGACAAGCCGCACCCCAUAUGCCAAGCGAAACGCCACAGGAGCUCCAGCGUGCUCUUCUUGCGAUUGCGCCACAUCCUACACCCUCUUCCUCAAUCGCAGACCGAAUUGGCCGCGCGCACGGCGCAACACGUGAGCUGCUCAAGUCUGCUGCGCAGAUGACGGACGUCUACUUCCUCUACACCCCGUCGCAAAUCUGGAUGGCAGCAUUUCUCCUGGCAGACCGACCCUUGGCCGAGUUCUACCUCGACACCAAGCUCGGUGGCCCCCUCACACAAACAACCGAGUCAAACCAAAAUAACCUUCAAAAUCCCCUUUAUGAACUUCGCACCAAACUCCUUCAAGUCAUCUCUGACUGCGCCGCUCUUCUCCACGCAUACACAUCUCUUUCAUCAGAUCCAGAUCAAAUGAAAAGUCUCAAGCGAAUCGCAAAGAAGCUCUACCAUUGCCAGAACCCCGAGAAGGUCAACUUGAAGCGCGACUUGGCUCAGCCGCCGGCUUCUGCGACUGACUCGGCAGCGGCUUCUGAGACGGAGUCGGAACGUCUGGCGAAGAAACGCAAGUUGGAGGAACAGAAGUGCAGUACGAAUGAUAUGUUUGGGCCCGAGCUGGUUGCUGAUCGGACGAAGCAUUAA